AUGGCGUACGCCAAUGGUUCAGUGGUUGAAAGUCCUGUGGAUUUUGCGAAAGGGGCGGCUCGGAUGUUCUACGUCAUGGAUCCAAAGGAGCACAUGUUUGAACAUGAAGAAGAUGUGCCUAAUUAUUAUGUUCAGUCAUGGCCAUACUUCUUCACCUUCAUGGUCUUGGAACAUAUCAUUUUGAAGCUGAAGGGCAAGAAAGGUUUGAGGCUAAAUGAUGGCAUCACCAGCAUAUCCAAUGGCAUGUUUUUGGAGGCAGGAAGGUUCUUAUGGCGCGGAGCAGAAUCGUACAUGUACGCCUGGAUUUACACAAACUGGAGGCUCGUGGAGCUCCCGUGGGAUAACGUGAGCACGUGGUUCUGGGCCGCGCUGGGAGUGGACUUCUGUUACUACUGGAUGCACAGAGCUUGCCAUGAAAUUCACAUCCUAUGGGCCCAGCAUCAAGUUCACCACACGUCUGAGGACUUCAACAUGGGAGUCGGCAUCAGACAGUCAAUUCUGCAAGGAUGGUGUGGAUUCAUUUUCUACUUACCAUUGGCUUUGGCCAUCCCACCAGCUCAGUUCGUGAUGCACCACCAGUUCAGCUACAUGUACAUGUUCUGGAUACACACUGAGGCCAUCAAGACCUUGGGACCACUGGAGUACAUCCUUAAUACUCCCAGUCAUCAUAGGAUACAUCAUGGAAGCAAUCCAUUCUGCAUUGACGUAAACUACGGGGGUGUCCUAAUAAUCUGGGACAAGUUGUUUGGUACCUUCAGGCCGGAGAAAGAAGGGGAUCGCAUUGUGUACGGCCUGAUUUACAAUCAACCUUCGUUCAACCCUCUACAUUUGCAGUCAUUUUACACUCGCUACGUGGUCACCAGAGUCAAGACCUACUCGAGAUGGGCUCACAAGUUGCGUGCUGUUUUCGACAGGCCAAGCUGGAAGCCUGAAGGUGGUGUUAGAUUCAAGGACAUGCCUGAAGAUCCCGCCAUUCACUCCAGGAUAAAGUACGACGUGAUCCUUCCUCAAUGGUGCACGACUUACCUUCUGACCCAUUAUGGGUUGGUCUUGUAUGGGUUCUAUCAGCUCUUCUUGGUUCAUAUGGGUCUCUCACCACUCACUGUGCUCAUUCUAGUCACCUACAUCCUUGGAUCUCUCACAGUGUUCGGCAUGAUUUUGGACGCUUCACCGAAAGCGCCAUUGUACGAAAUGGUACGAUGCGCUGUCAUGGUGAUUCUAAGCAGGGUUCUUAUACCGACUUUAGGCCUAACUGUGAGCCAACCCCUGCAACUAUUCUUUGUACUAUCUGGUCUAUUUUGGUUUCUGUUUGUGUAUAAAACGGUUGAGAUUAAAGCUGUGAAGCAGGGAGAUUAA